AUGUCCAUCCAUCCGUUUAGUCCGCCAGCCAGCCAGCCAUCCUAUCAUCGCAGCAAUGGAUCGCUACAGGGCAUCAUCAGGGACUCAGAUGUCCGCCGCAGCAGCAGGGGGGGGGGGAUUUUGCAGCACCGCAUGCGGGACGACUGGCAGGCCUUACUUGACCCAUCUGUGACCGAUCAACCAGACGAGCAGCAGUCGGCUGACGACGACGGGACAGUGAGUGAGGCGAAAAUGCUUCUGGCCACCACCCGCAGCAUAGUCCAGAGCGCGGCUUCCAACGACAGCGCGUUCUCUCGUCCUCCCCCCAACGCCGCCCAUUCCUCCUGUCCAUCGUGCCGCAGCCAGUCGACAUUCAACCCUCGGCGACUCCCUGAUGACGUCGGUGCGCACCAGCCCGUCGCCGCCAGGCGCAGACGACACAGAAACAAACCGGGGAUGGUCGAGGGGCUGCGGCAGCCAAGAUUCACACCGGCACCUCCCAUCGACUAA